AUGGCACCGACUGUUCCUAUAGAGUUUAUUGGACAGAAGGAAUCUAAAAAGUGUUGGCUUUCACAACCAAUGGGGAAAUCAAGGAAGUUCUCUAAAGGGCACUCCUCUGGUUUUGUUCCAGACUAUCGACAUGCUGUUGAGACCAUGGCUGAAUCAGAAGGAUUUAGGAGCUCUGGACGUGUUGACACUGAGAUGACAGCAUCGGAAGAUUCCUGUGCUCCCAAGAGGAAAUGCAUUAGUUUGAAUGUGGAUGGUUAUGAUACUUUUGGUGUACCAUCACAAGUCUUGUCAUUGUCAAAGAUGUCAAGGCCAGAGAGGAAGGAUUUGGAAAUGAGGUUGAAAAGGGAACUUGAACAAGUCAGAAUCCUUAGGAGGAAAGUGGCCUCUUUGAGUUCAAAUACAGUUUUAUUAUCGCCUUCUAGUGAUAUUCGGAGUUGCAGUGAUGGCCAAAAGAGGCCUCCACUAGAAGGUGUCCAUAGGUCAUUUGAAGUAUCAGCUCCACAGAGUAAGAAACAGGCUCCUCCGGGUCGACCUGGGGCUCGAACAAAAAGGGUGUAUCAGGACGAUUUGAGCCAGUGA